AUGAUAUUUGAUACCAACGCUCCAUUAUUUCUUUAUCGAGCCUCGACUAACAACAAUACUUGCUAUCAAGAUACCGGUGAAGUUGAAUCUUCGCUCCAAUGGUAUCAUGUAGGAAUAGCUUCAAUGUUUAUACUUAUCAACGGCGUAAUUUCUAUAUGGCUUGGUUUGCAUUUAGAAGCUUCUUUAUUUGUCAGCUCGGUUCGCUGUGUUGUACAGCUGACCUUAAUGGGUUUAGUACUUGAGGAUGUUUUCAAGGCAGAGAAUCCUUUUAUUGUUCUAGCAAUGAUAUUUAUUCUUGUUUUUCUCGGCGCCAAUGAGAUCGUACUUAACAAGAGCAAGAGGAGGCAUUCUGGAAUGUUCAUAUCCGUCCUUCUUUCACUGGGACUAAGUACUAUGGUAGUUGGUAUCAUUGGUUCGCGCUACGCUUUGAAUCAAGAAGAAUUUUGGGAUCCGCAAAUAUUUAUUCCAACAAUGGGUAUGCUUCUUGGGAAUGGUAUGUCCGCAAUAGCUGUUGGUACGUCUUAUGCUCUUAAUCAAUUCAGUGAACAAAAAGAAAAGCUAGAAAUGUACUUGUCAUUUGGUGCUUCUCGGUGGGAAGCUGGUCGUCCAGUUGCAGUCGAGGCGAUAAGAUUAGCCAUGUUGCCUACAAUCAAUUCAAUGAGUAUUAUCGGAUUGAUUUCUAUUCCAGGUAUGAUGACUGGUCAAAUUAUUGGUGGUGCACCUAUAAUGGUCGCAGUUAAAUAUCAACAGAUUAUCAUGUUCAUGAUAUCUGCGUCUACAGCAUUAGGCGUAUUAUCUUCAAUAGUUUAUUUCUUAAAAAUUACUCUCGCUUUUCGUAAGAGCGUUUCCCCAUCUCACUUCGUUGACCAUCGAGUACCACCUCUUCAGUUGCUGAAACUUACGCUUAAGAACUCGAGAUUUGAUUUACUUCAAUCAGGAAAAGCAAAUUUAGAGAAAAAUGGAAACGUAAAGGGAAAAGAGGAAACGGUAGUAGAAGAGACUGGCAAUAAAAUUAAGAAGACACCCCUGCCUUCUUCCCGCACCUUUCUCGUUAAUUCUUCCCCCUAUUUGACUAAGUUUGCAAGAGACACUGCAGAACGUCUUCCGACUGCAUUGGCAUAUUAUUUUAUUGGAGGGGACAAUAUGUAUUCUUG